AUGGAACAGAAUGGGCCCGCCGUGCAGGUCAUCAUUAACGGCCAUCCUCAGUCGCAGCAGGCCCAUACACCGAAUAUGUCACUGUCGAACCGAUCCCGACCGCUCUCGGUGGAUGAGGCGCUGCAGUACUCUUCUAUGUCUAGCGCGCCUGUUUUUGGUAUUGAUUGCAUUGUACGUCCUGAUGUUGGCCGACCAUCAACCACUACCUCGAUCAACCAUGUCCUUCAAGCGGGCCGCAAUACACUGAGUGAGCUGGAUGCGGAGAUUCAGUCCGGACAGGAUGAGUCCAGUCGCCUGGAAACAUCUCGUGAAUACCUUCAGCAAUUGCUAGAUGGGGACCAACUGACUGAAUUCAAAUUCAAGGUCCCGUCUGCCCUCAGUCGCCGUCAACCCUCGCAAUCGGCUACCCCCGAUGACCCUCCCUUUGGUCGCAAUCAACUUGGUUCCUUUGCCAAAAUGAUGCUCGACUCUACAGAUAUAGCCUUUCGAUACCCUGAAGUAUCGUCUCCAACGACUGCCCCUACAAUUACUCCCAAAGAGACGUCAAAGGUCAGACCAAAGGUCACAGAAAAAGUCAAGCCAGAGCAGAAGGAGGCCAUGAAGAGCACCGCUGCCGCAUGGAACCAGCAGGCAUUCGUAGCGAACAAGUCAAUUUCCACCUUAAACCAACUUACUCCACCUACACAACCUCCUCAACCGAUUCAACGCUCAUCCAGCCAAUUGUCCGUGGUAAUACCAGUCAAACCAUCGCCUUCCAAAUCCACAUUUUCCAAGCAGGGUCAGGAAGUGAACCGGCCAAGGCCGCAGGUUGCUAGAGACCCUGAGGAAUCAAUGAGUGCGAUUCGCCUCAGAGACCAAAAAGCGGAGGCCGAUGAUGCUCUGUUGAAGCUGCAGGAUCUUCUCAAUGAAACAUUUGAAGCAGAAGACGAGAUCGAACCUGAACAAGCAAUCGUUCCAUCUGCCGACAGACCCAAUCCGAUUUUCGUGAACGCAAGAUCAUUAGAUGUACAUGGUGCACUAUUGUCCAAUGACGCCCAUAACCGCCUGCAAAAGGCCAUCCGAAAAGUGGUUGGAUUUGAUCGAUUGCAAGACAUUCCAUCGGAUUACCUCACUCGGAUACAAAAGCUUUGUGAAAAACCCAUCAUUGCUUCUCAAGCGCCAGACUUGAGACUCAACGACUCAACCAAUGAAGCAGAGGUACAUCAGUGGAUGGCAAAGAUUGAGGAUAUUCUAAAUGCUUUGCUUGCGAUUGGAACUCUCUUGCAGACAAUGUCGGGGCGUCGGACGGAGCGGGAUCUCUGCCCAGAAGAUCUUAUUGAGGCUAUCCCGACUGUUCUGAACCAAGUCUUUGAUCAUUGCAUUAUUCCUGCUGUGGAGUCUCGCCCUGGCGGCAAAGACAGUGAAUUGUUCUCAAUUUUCUCGAGCCAGAAGCGUAUCAUUGCAAGCUUGAUACACCAAGGCAAGAAGGCUCUGACUCUUUUCGCGGAUUUCUUAUCACGCAUCGAUGUCUCUGAAGGGACAAUCACUGCGGCUGAGUUCUUUGCGACCAAGCUAAUUUUUGUUGAGAAUGCGCACAACGACAAGGACUCUGCGGUUGGGUUCCAAAAAUACGAGCCAGCCAGACGUGCCGUAAUGGACGUGCUUGCAAAAAUCUUCUCCAAAUACCCGGACCAGCGACCCUUCAUUCUGGAUGAAAUAUUGAUCUCAUUGGAGAAGCUUCCUUCCACACGUCAGAGUGCCAGACAAUUCAAACUUGCAGACGGCAAGAAUAUCCAGCUUCUCACUGCACUGGUGCUCCAGCUCGUUCAGACAACUGCCCUAGAAACUCCUUCACGAUCCAAAGCCAAACGUCGAUUUCAAGGCGGCGACGAUGAUGAAUUGAUGGGUGAUGGCGACGAUAUACAAAAACUGAAACAUAACGACGAUCAGGAUGAGGACGAAUUGGACGAAUCUUUGGAACGUCUAGCGACCAAGGUCAACCGACUAUAUGACAAUGCAGUGCGCAGUGCGCAGUACAUUGUAAAGUUCAUAGUCCAGCGAGCAAUGACCUCCACCAAGAGCGGCGACCAGCCAUUCCGAAACAUUCUCGAUUUGUUCACUGAAGACUUGAUUAACGUCCUUGGAUCUACCGAUUGGCCCGCUGCUGAGCUGCUCCUUCGAAUCAUGGCAUCGCACAUGGUUGGUAUUGCAGAUCUUGACAAGAGUCCAGCAACAGCAAAGAGCAUGGCCCUUGAGCUUCUGGGGUGGAUGGGGUCCGCAAUCUCCGAUUUGAUUGCCACUGCACAACACAUGCUCCCUGCCUUGGAGGACUCUGAAGAUAGCGAUCUUACCGACUUCCUCAAGCAGCAAUUCGAGGAGUCCUCUUCCCGAGCGUUGCAUCCACAGGAUUUAAUCACAUCUCGAGGCCCAUACAGGAUGGCCUUGGAAUAUCUGUCGCAAGACCGAAACUCCGACAAUUGGCAAUUGACCAGCGCACGAGGUUACUAUCUUGCUCAAUGGGCAAAGACAGUCUGCACACUCUAUUAUAACCCUGAAGACAAAGAGGAGUUGGCGCACGAAGACUUGACGGAUGAACUAGUGAUUCUUCUCUCAAGAUCGUUCUCUGACCCACGGUGGCUGGAGACUCACAGGCAAUUUGACACCAUUUCCAAUGCCCACGGGCGCUUCGCUUACAUUCUAACCGUUCUAAACUCGAGUUUCGGCAAGGCUUUUGACACCAUUCUCAAAGUUUUGUUGAACUCCAUUGCUAGUGAGCAGGCCAAAGUCCGCAGUCGGAGUCUGAAGAGUGUCAUCUACAUGCUCGAGAAAGACCCCAACCUUCUCGACAGAGAUGCUUCGGUUAUGCGAGUGAUUCUGCGUUGCACUACUGAUGCUUCACCUAUGGUUCGAGAUUCUGCGUUAUCUCUUAUUGCCAAAUGCAUUGGGCUCAAAUCAAAGCUCGAAGAAGAAGGCUGUCGCUGUAUUCUUGCGUGCGCAACUGAUCAGACAGCUGGUGUUCGUAAACGGUGCAUUGGGCUGCUGAAAGAACUUUACCACAAAACCUCUCGACAGGAUCUGAAAUUAGCCAUUCUUGAUAGCUUUCUUCAACGUACUGGUGACUUGGAGGAAAGCGUGGCAACCUUAGCUCGGCAGACAUUCGAGGAAAUCUGGCUGGUUCCAUUCCACGAGUUUAUUAACUCGACAUCUGAUGCCCCGAAACUCAAGAUGGCACUCGGAGAGCAAGUUGGGCUUGUUGUUAGUCUCGUCCAGCGUAGCGAGACUGCCCUUGAUUCAUUGAGCACUUGUCUCAAAGCCGUUCUUUCAGACAAAUCCAAGUCGGCAGAUAUGAAUUUCAAGGUGUGCAAAACCAUGGUUUCCAUCAUGUUCCAACGCCUCGUUGAGGAUGCAGAUGCGCUUGGCAAAGACUCACAACAGGCGCUUUUGCAAACGAUUACCGUGUUUGCCAAGUCUAACGCAAAGUUGUUCAGCUCAGAUCAACUGGAAGCUUUGCACCCCUAUAUUGGCCACCUUGCAACCGCGGAUGAUCUUUUCAUCUUCCGGUCAGUUGUGGUCAUUUAUCGCUGUGUCUUGCCUUACAUGUCCACAUCCCACAAUACUCUCUUGAAAGAGGUGCAAAAUGACCUCUUUAAGAGCGUGGCCAAGUUGGCUCGCUCAGAGCUAAACGAGGUCAUGGCGUGUCUUUGGACUAUCAAUAGUGUUCUGCAGAACACUGACAGGCUCGUCAAGUUGACCGUGUCUGUGCUCAAGCCAUUGCAGCAAUACAAGAGCGUCGAUGUGGGUUCGGCUGCCAAUGCUGCUAUCCUGGCUCGUGCGAAGAGCUAUAUUCGAAUUGCUGGCUGCGUUGGACGCCAUUGUGAUUUAGAAAGAUAUGUCAAUCAUUUCAAGAACUCAUUCCCUACGUGGAACGGUGGAGCCGUGGCUGGUUUGAUGGUUGACUCUAUUCUUCCCUUCACCUAUCAUAAUCAACCCUUGGAGCUAAGAGUCAUGGCUCUUGAGAGCCUUGGUUCCAUUUGCCAAUCUUGGCCAGCACAGUUCGGCCGUGAACCUACGCGCAAGACUUUUGCUCAGGUAUUCAAGGAAGAUAGCCCGAGCUUGCAGAAUAUUGUACUUCGGUCAUUUGCAGACUUUUUCGCCAUUCACGAAGGAAAGUCCGAAAAGUCGGUCAUGCCGGCCUCAGAUAUUGGCUCUCAAGAGGACUCUACUCGACUUGGAGGAUCGCUCAAGGCUAACGAUAAUGAUGGUGCUGCUGCCCUGAUCGCCCAGCAUUUUCUCAAGAAUAUGCUGAAGAUUGCACAGUCAAGACAGGACACUUAUUCCCUCACUGCCAUUGAACUCAUUGCAAGCAUCAACCGACAAGGCUUGGUACACCCUAAGGAAUGCGCUGGUGUUCUUGUUUCUCUUGAGACGUCGACUAUACCCACCAUUGCUAAGAUCGCAUUCGACACCCACAAGAUGCUCCAUUCGCAGUAUGAAUCAAUGUUCGAGCGAGAGUACAUGCGCGCCGUGCAAGAGGCCUUUUACUACCAACGAGAUGUUGUCGGUGAUUCCACAGGUGCAUAUGCUCGGCCUUACGUCUCAAAGCUUGCUCCGCUUUUUGAAAUCGUUAAGAUCAGCAAUAGCCGUUACCAGAAGAAGUUCCUCUCCAACCUUUGCGGCAAGGUCAACUUUGAAUUAAAGAAACUGAACUCCAAUGGAGAUCCACCAGAACAUCUCCUACUGACAAGAUUCAUCGCUCAAAAUCUUGCUCACUUUGAUUAUGGCCAGUUAGCUGAACUGGUACCCACAAUUCUGGUCCUAGAACGUAUAGUCUCGUCGACCGGCACUGUUGUUGCCCAUGCCAUCGAAACAGACAUUUUCCCCAGCCCUAUUGGUCCUCCUAUGAUCGAGACGCCAGACGGCAUGAUGGGGAUGGCCCCUCCCGUGUCAAUGCUCUCCGCCAUACCGCGGCCCGUCAAUCCUUCUGCGUUGCGAUCGCUUGCUACAGCUGCUGCGUCACUUUCCAUGCUGUGGGAAGCACGGACUUUCUUACGCCGCCUCUAUGGAGUUCAUUCCCAUGGUAAAGACGGAAAACCCGUGACCAAGGAGCUUAACAAGACCGCUUCAAAGGUGCACGGUGUGACUGGUGACAAGUUCUGGGAGGCCAUUGCCAGAAACAUGACCUCACUAGAUAGCGAGGAUGCCAUGCUAAGAAAAUGCCGAGAGUUCUCUACUUUACUCGCCAUAGACGAGGAAUUCAAGGUGGACCGAGAUGAUGACGCCGAAGGAGAUCUCGAUGCCAUGGGGGAGUUUGACGACAUGGACGGUGUCGCUUCUGGGCCUCGUCCUAUGAAACGAAAAAGCUCUGUCUCAAGCACGAGCAUCAGCAAGCGCCCAAAGAGCCGCAUAGGCUCUGUUGGGAAGAAACGAUCCAGUACUGAUCCCGACGAUUGGGACUAG